AUGGCUGCAAGGAGACAAACCUCUGUAGGUUCCUCCUCUGAUUCUAGGGGAAAUUCUCAAGGUUCCGCGAAAUGUUCUUGUGGAAGAGAGCCUGUUCUUCGUACUGUGAAGCGUGGUGCAAAUGUUGGACAGAAGUUUUAUGGCUGCCCUUUAUGGCCUGAUACUAAGUGUGAUUUUUUUAAGUGGUAUAAUGAGCAAGGGAUUGAAGUUGAUGAUCUUAAAUUUCAGUUAUUUGAGAAGGAGACUACCUUAACGGAGAUGGAGUAUGAGAAGAGUUUAAUGGCCGAAAAAAUAAAAAAAUUGCAGCUUAAAAAGGACAGCUUGGAAGAAGAUGUGCAAGAAAUGAAAUUUGAGCUUUCACAACUGCGUAUUGAGAUGCUGAAAAUGUCACGCAAUGAGAAGAACUUGACCUUGGCUUUGUUUGUUUCAUGGCUUGUUUUUGCCAUUUUCUUGUAUUCCAUUAAGUUACUCUAA